AUGUCGACUUAUUUAGACAUUCCGAACAUGAUCGCGAAAAUGAUCGUCCAAAAGACCGAAAUCAUUAGUGGACUUGAGUUGGAACACGUUUUGGCGGCAGUGAUGAACUGGAAAGUCGGGAUUGGCCUUGGCGCCACCUGGUUUUUGUUUCGCAGAAUGAGAAAUCGGAAAGAAUAUCACCAUUUGAGCGAAUAUGAAUAUGGGCAGUACAAGAAGGUUCCUGAAUGGCUUCCUUCAAUCAACGGACGAGUUCUUCAUUUCCUUGCAUGGAUUUGUAAUACACAGUUUGGUGAUCUUUUCAUCAAUGAGAUCAUAAUGGCAGUCGUUGGCCUUCCUAAAUUCAGAACGCUAAAGCUUGAUGAAGCCCCAACAUACUUCCCGUUUGCGCCGCAUAAUCUUCCCGUGGCGAGUUCUGGAGAGCCUGUCGACAUUUCCGGCCUGAUAAAAGCCCAUCGAGAGUUAGCCCAAGACCCGAGCGAGUUUCGUUAUCGAUCCGCGCUCGAGUACGUGCAAGCGUAUCAAAAUCGCAAGUUUACGCCGACAGAUAUUGCUGAGCGAAUCGUCGAGACGAUCAAGAGAACGAAUUCGAAGCUGAGAAUUCUUGUUGACUGGCAUCCAGAAAUGAUUCUUGAGCAAGCGCGAAACUCAACGACGCGAUACAUGUCUGGAAAAGUAUUGUCCCCGCUUGAUGGAACCUUUUGCGUAGUCAAGGACCUUUUUUCUGUGGUCAGCUAUUGCAGAAGAGGCGGGCUUGGUUUCAUCGACACAACUGAAGAUACGGACGAUAUUAUUAUCAAAAAAAUUCGCGAGGCUGGAAUCAUCAUCGUCGGAAUAUCAAACAUGACAGAGCUUGGCAUGUCCGUUUUUGGUGCGAAUCCUUCGCCUCAUCAUGGAACUUGCAGGAAUCCGAUCAACACCGACUACUAUCCAGGAGGCAGCUCAAGUGGAACUGCAGCGGCUGUUUGCUCUGGCCUUGUCCCAUUCGGAAUCGGUUCCGACGGCGGAGGAUCGAUCAGAAUGCCUUGUUGCCAUACUGGCAUUAUUGGCCUGAAGACAACUUUUUCCAGAAUCUCCUCUAAUUUGUAUUCAAAAUCGAAGACGUGCUGUAGCACAGUUUGUACCAUCGGACCCGUUGCCUCGAACAUUAUCGAUCUUGCGCUCCUUUACCAAGUUCUAGCUGGCCCUGUCCGAGGCGACGCCUUUUCAAUGGCCCAGCCAAAAGUAGAAGUGCCCCAAGAACUGACUCCUAAUCUCGACGGCAUCAAGAUCGGCGUGGAUUGGAAAUGGGCCGGGCUUUCUCGCGCAGAAGUGUUCAAGAAUUUCAAGCAAAAAAUCGACUUUUGGCUGAGCGCGGCGCCGAAAUUAUUGCGAUCGAAGUUCCAGAACUAA